AUGACAAGGCCCAAGGUCCCUGAUGACAAGAGGAUACGUACCGCCCAGGCCUGCGAGUCUUGCAAGCGCCGGAAGCAAAAGUGCAAUGGGCUGAAGCCGUGCAACACCUGCACGAAGCGGAACCUGGUCUGCGACUACCUCUCAGGCCAUGGGCAUGGCCACUCGACGCCGCACCAUGGCGGUCAGGGCGAGAUCGUGGUGUCGGGCUCGUCCCCGAACAAACGUAGGAAGUCGACGCCAGACACCAUGGGGUCGGACGAGGGUUCAGACCCCAAGAGGGCGAGGUUCGGCGGCGGCGACGUGCGGACGGGCCCCUCCUCGCAGCAGACCGUGGACGCGACCGAGCCGUCGAGGCUGCUGGGCCUCCCGACGCCGAUACCUGCGCCCCCAUUAUCAGGCCAGCCCGGCCGGGAUGGCGAGGCAGAGGCCGAGCCUGAACCCGAGGUCCAGUCGAGACAGAGCACCGUGAGCGGUGCCGACGAGGUUGCCGAGGUGUACACCGAGACACGCAUGCUUCAGGAUCCCACAGGGAGGCUUUUAUACCUGGGUGAUUCUGCUACACUCUCCUACCUGCAGUUCAUCCGCAUGAUAGUCGAGAGUGUAGAUGGGCCCUCACAGUUCACAAUGGACCCCAGCCGCCACCGGCUGAUGGAGCUGACGACAAGUCUCCCGCCGGACUAUCGCACGUCGCUUUUGCUGCCAGACCGGAGAACGGCAGAUGUUCUUAUUAGGUCAUACCUCACCAACACCAACGGCCUGAUCGAGGUCUUCGACAGGAAAAUCUUCAACCAGCGGCUCGAGGUCUGCUACCAAAACCCGCUGGCAGCUGAGCCCACGUUCCUGUGCCUGCUCUACCUCGUCUUUGCCAUCGGCCUUGUGCUCGCCACGCCGGCCCCCGGCAGCCAUGACGAUAGCGUCAUCAAGAACUUGCAGAUGAGCACCGCGGACCGUGCCGAGAUGUUCUUCUUGAACGCCAAGUGCCUGUGUGACCCGACGUCUGGAUUCGAGGAUGCCGAUUUCUGGAGCGUUCAGGCGCUCCUGCUCAUGUCGCUGUUCAAGCUGGCGAGAACAAAACGCAAUGCUGCAUAUGCUUACCAUGGCAUGGCGGUGAGGUCUGGUUUCGCCCUUGGGCUUCACAGGCAGGAGACGAUGGUCAUAUUUCCGGUCCCGGAUCGAAUUGUGAGGAGGAAUGUGUGGAGGAGCCUUUACGUCCUGGAUCGUUUCCUUGCAGCCGCACUGGGACGACCAACGUCGAUAUCGGAAGAGGACUGCUCAGCAGAGGCGCUUGUCACCCCUGGGAGAUACCUUGGACAGGAGAAAUACCUCGCCGACACGAAUACAGAUCCGUCUUCGUCGAGCGGCCUGAAUGCCGCCGUGCGGAGCUGCCAGGUGAUCGGCAUUAUACUGAAGAAGAUCUACGCCCAGCGCAAGAUAUCGACGAAGCUCGCCCAGGAGAUCUCAGAGCAGUGCAAGGGCGGCCCGCAGAAGUACCACGCCGGCCUGCACUGGCGACAAGCCAUGAACACGGGCAUCGACCCGGCCCGCGGCAUGGCGGUCAUCCACGUCAACCUGCUCUACUGUCACGCGGUCAUCCUCCUGACCAGGCCGUUCUUUCUCUUUCUGAUGAACAGGAUGCAGCAGGAGAGGCUCGGGGUCCCACGGGCGGCGAUCCGGCCUGGCUCGAAGAUGGAGAAAUUCUCCGAGGCCUGCGUCGACGCGGCAUACCACACCGUGUCCCUGGUGCAGAUGGGCCACGAGGGAAGCUACCUGCCACAGCGCGACCCGUUUAUAAUCCACUUCCUCUUCGCCGCAGCCCUGGUGGUGCAGAGCAACGAGUUCGCCUCCCUCCACAAGAACCCCUCGUACGGCGAGACCUACCAACAGGCCCUCUCCAUCAUGACCUACUGCGCCAAGACGGACCCCCAGGCCAGCAGGCUCGUCUACAUCAUGACCACCUUCCACAACGUCAUCGUCUCCCGCGCCCCGGCCUCCUCGUCCCUGCGCGACCCCUCCUCCAUACCGAACACGCCCUCGGGCGGCGCAGCCAGCGGUGGCACGCUCGUCAGCACCCCGGACCCCAUGGCCAACUUCUUCCUCUCGCACUCGACGCCCACCACGGCGGCGGCCCAGCACCACGCGCCCACCAGCGCCCCGGCGCCCGCCUCCAGCAGCAGCAGCACCUUCGACCCGUCCCUCUCCAUGCCACCUCACCACCACCACCAGCCGCAGGCGCCGCAGGCCCCCGGCCUCCACAGACGCGACUCGGCCAACACCAACAACCCGCCGACGUGCGGGCCCUCACCGUCCCCGGGGAUGAUGCCCACCGCGCUGACGCCGACGACCUCCUCCACCGGUGGAGACCCAUUAAUCGAUGCGGAAUGGUUCCACUUCGACACGCUGUGGGAGAACUGGGCCGCCACGCCGCAGCCGCCACCAGCGCAACCGCAGCCGCCAUCGUCCGCCGGCGCGCCAUCCCAGCAGCACCAGCAGCACCAGCAGCAGCAGCUGGCCGACCCGGCCCUGUUCGGAGAUCCGGCUAUGGGCGGCUUUGACGUCUCGGGUCCCAGCGGCGGCGGUGGCGGCCCGGGGUCCGCGUUCGCGACACCGCCGCUGCCGGGCACGCAGCAGGCUGGCGGGGGGGUGAACGUGCCGCUUUACCCGAUGAUACGGUUUGCGGAGUAA